AUCCUAUGACGUUGUGAUACUGAGGUGGUAGCAGCGAAAUCGAGAUUUACAGAGAGAGGAGACCAGAGUCCAACACAGCGACUCUGGCUCUGACAGUCUGGGACCAGAACCCACCUGUCCAUACCUCGCUCGAGACAUCUCUCAUCUCUGGCACUUUCCCAAUAUUUACUCCUAAUCAUAAUCUGAUUUCGCUUUCUGGGGAGAAAUCGAAACAGAGGAAAGGGAGGAGAAAGAGAAGGAGGACGAACCCAGGUACUAAAACAGAGAAGGAAACUAGGGAGGAGCUUAGCUUAGUUUAGAUCUGAGACUGUGAUUCUGUUGUUUUGAUUUUUGGGUUUUUUCUUUCUUUCGACAAUGGCAAAAGAGAUCAAAGAGAAAGAGAAGGAGAAGAACAUGUUUGUCGGUGUUGUAUGGAAUUGUGCAGCAGAGCUUAAACUCUUACUUACUGCUCUCCUCUUCCUCUCUUCUUUAGCUGUACUUCUUCAGUUCAUCCCUUCUCGUUUCUCUUCCCUUACUGCUUCUGAUCUACGCUUUUGUCUUUCCAGACUCUCCACUCUUGCCCCUCCACCUUCUAUUACUACUACUACUACUACUACUUCCUCUGUUUCUGUUCCUCUUUCGGCUCCUACUCUUCCACCGCCACCGGCGCCUUCGGUUAAGAAAGAUGAGGUCAUCGAUGGAGGAAUCAUCAAGAGAGCUUUUAACCCAUAUGGAGCUGCUGCUUACUCUUUCAUCCAGAUGGGUACUUACAGGGGUGGCCUCAACACCUUCGCUCUUGUUGGCCUCGCAUCCAAGCCCCUUCAUGUCUACGGGAAGCCUCAAUACGAAUGCCGAUGGGUCCCUGAGCAAUCCGAUAACAAAACCAUUUCCACCGUCGGUUACAAGAUUCUCCCCGAUUGGGGGUACGGUCGCGUCUAUACCGUCGUUGUCAUCAAUUGUACCUUCGCAGAGCCUGUCGGCACCGACGGCUCCGGCGGACGUUUGAUUCUGCUUGCUUCCACCAACGGUGGCGGCGAUCGAGACGUCAAUGUGACUGUAAAAAUCGAAGCACUGAGAGAAGCUCCUGGUAGCUUGAACACCUCCAUCUUCACAUCUCCGCCUGCUUACGACUAUCUCUAUUGUGGGUCAUCUCUGUACGGUAAUCUGAGUCCCCAGAGGAUGAGGGAGUGGAUCGCUUACCAUGUGAAGCUGUUCGGAGAAAAAGCCCAUUUCGUCAUUCACGACGCUGGAGGUGUUCAUCCUGGUGUUUUAGAGGUUUUGAAGCCAUGGAUGGAAAAAGGGUAUGUGACAAUCCAGGAUAUCAGAGAGCAGGAGAGGUUUGAUGGGUACUAUCACAAUCAAUUUCUGAUUGUAAACGAUUGCUUGCAUCGGUACAAAUUCAUGGCGAAGUGGAUGUUCUUCUUUGAUGUCGAUGAAUUUAUCUAUAUGCCGCCUAAGAGCACGAUUAAAUCAGUUCUUGAAUCAUUUUCCGAUUAUACACAGUUCACCAUCGAACAGAUGCCAAUGUCGAAUAAGCUGUGUCUCACCGACGACAAGGGAAAGACUCUCAGGAAAUGGGGGUUUGAGAAGCUAGUGUACAGGGAUGUGAAGAGGGGAGUGAGGAGGGAUAGGAAGUACGCAGUGCAACCGCGCAACGUCUAUGCAACCGGGGUGCACAUGUCGCAGAAUUUCGUCGGGAAGACAACACACAAAACAGAGGGCCGGAUCAAGUACUUCCAUUAUCAUGGCACCAUUGCUGAGCGCCGUGAGCCAUGCCGGCAGCUCGUGAAUGCGACAGGGCUCACAUUUGAGGGCACUCCCUAUGUCCUUGAUGACACCAUGAGAAGAGUUGCUGCAUCUAUAAAGAAGUUUGAGCUCAAGACUAUUGGAACUAGAUCACAAAGAACUUCACAGUAAAGGGCAUUCCUCAAUCCUGAUUUUCUAAGUGGAAAUUUUUUUUUUCUUUUAAAGAUUUGGAGCAGAAAUUCAUUUGGGUUC